AUGAAUCCUCGAUGUAAUGCCUACCCAAAAAUGGGAUCGGGGAGAGACACAGAAGGAACACUAACACUGUCAGGGAAGGACCCCUCUCCUUUUCGUGCUGUCCCUACCAUUGGAGGUGACAAUGGGAGACAUGUAGGCGAGUGCUUAGAGAGCGGUGGCCGAACUAAACUGAACAAAAUUGAACUGAACGGGAAUCAGGGCGAGCUUCCUCGUCGUGCUAGGCACUGUUCUACCAACUUACCAUUAACAGCGGAUGUAGCAUUAAAGGAACGGACGAAAAGGCGGAGAUAG